AUGAAGUUAGUCAUCUUACAUGUUACCUUGUUUCUUAUCCUAUGUAUCUCGCUACCCGCCUGUCAUGGGACGGUCCACCGACACAAAUUUGAGUUGAGGGACACUCCAUAUACAAGAUUGUGUAGGACUAAGAGCAUCUUGACCGUAAACGGCCAAUUUCCCGGGCCAACCUUAUACGUCACGGAAGGGGAUACGCUGAUAGUUGACGUUACCAACAGUGCACGAGAGAACGUAACCAUUCAUUGGCAUGGAGUGAAACAGCCAAGAUACCCGUGGUCAGACGGGCCGGAGUACAUAACGCAGUGCCCGAUCCAGCCGGGGACGAGUUUUAGCCAAAAGAUUGUGUUGUCGGACGAGAUCGGGACUUUGUGGUGGCACGCGCAUAGUGACUGGUCUCGAGCCACGGUGCAUGGCGCGCUAAUUGUUUAUCCGAGGAAGAAAAACGAUUAUCCAUUCCCUACACCACAUGCAGAAAUUCCAAUCAUAUUAGGUGAAUGGUGGAACAGUGAUAUACAAGCUGUGGUUGAUGAUUUUCUAGCAAGAGGUGGGGACCCAAAUGCUUCUGAUGCUUUCCUAAUAAACGGACAACCCGGUGAUUUGUACAAUUGCUCCAGACCAGAUACAUUCAGGCUGACGGUAGACUACGGCCGAACAUACCUCCUCCGCAUGAUCAACGCCGUCAUGAACAACAUCAUGUUCUUCCGAGUCGCCAACCACAACGUCACGAUCGUCGGGUCCGACGGCGCCUACACGACCCCCUUCACGAGCGACUACAUCGCCAUAUCCCCUGGUCAAACCAUCGACUUCUUGUUGACCGCCAAUCGCCCCCCUACCCACUACUACAUGGCCUCGAGGGCCCACGGCCUCGCCGGCAACAUCGACAACACGACCACGACCGCCAUCGUGCAAUACAGCGGCAACUACUCGGCCCCGUCGGCCCCUCUCCUCCCGACACUUCCCGAAAUCCGUGACGAGCGAGCGGUGACUCGUUUUGUGUCCCAAUUUCGAGGCAUGCCAACGAGAGGUCACCCGAUGGACGUGCCGAAAACCGUGAACACUGUUUUACUCUUCACGCUCUCCGUGAAUACCAUCCCGUGCCCAGGGAACGAGACGUGCGGAGAGGCAUUAGGGGCGCGGCUCGGUGCGAGUAUCAAUAACAUAACGUUCGUGCAACCGAGGAUCUCGAUCUUGGAAGCGUAUUAUAACCGUGUCAGAGGAGUGUAUGGUGACGAUUUUCCGAGUAGGCCUCCUUUGGUUUUCAACUACACUCAAGAAAUGAUUCCGGAGCUACUCUGGGUGCCGAGGAACGGGACUGAGGUUAGGGAGAUCGAGUAUAAUUCGACCGUGGAGCUCGUUUUCCAAGGGACGAACAUUCUAGGGGGAGUUUAUCAUCCCAUGCACUUGCACGGGUACAGUUUCUACGUGGUUGGGUCGGGAAGCGGGAAUUUCAACGAAAGUCGGGACCCGAUGAGAUACAAUCUCGUCGACCCCCCACUGGUCAACACGAUUGUGGUGCCGAGGAACGGGUGGACCGCAAUUAGGUUCAGGGCUGACAAUCCAGGUGUUUGGCUUUUGCAUUGCCAUUUAGAGCGUCACAUAACUUGGGGAAUGGAGAUGACUUUCAUUGUCAAGAAUGGAAGAGGGAGAGAUGCAAGGAUGCUGCCGCCACCUGCAGACAUGCCGAGAUGCUAA